UCGCUCUCUGUGUAGGUCAUAGACAGUCAUCAGCUUUACGCACGUUGCUGAAUUGAACGGUACCCUUGGCGUGAGAUGAAUCCAUUUUUAAGAUAAAUUUGUUCAAUAAUUGAGUUAUUUUCAAUAAUAUUGAACAUUUGCUUUUGUUGUGUCAUUACUGAAGCCUGAAAAAUGAUUUUGCAAGCCAGCUAACUCCUGCUUUAGCUUGCCAUUCAUAGUUGAAUGAUUUUCACUUGAACUGUGAACUUUUAAUAUUAAGCUUUCAAAUUUAAGGGAUGUUGCGGAAUUUCUGUAGGCACCACAGACAGUUUGCUCAGGUCAUUUGGCCAUUUUCAUUAAGUCAAGGGCAACAUGUCUCUAGCUCACCAACACACCAACAAAAGGCAAACUAUGGCAGUGCCAUAACAGAAAGAAAGAAAUUUUAUGAGAGCGUCUCAAUAUCACAAGGUGAAGGAGGUUUGUUUGAAAUAAACCUGGACAAGCGGAAGUUGAAGACUCCAGGGGGUACGCUUUUUACAGUGCCCAAUGAAGCUCUUGCCAUAGCUGUUGCCACAGAGUGGGAUGCUCAGAAGGACACACUGAAGUUUUACACCAUGCAUUUAACAACUCUUUGCAACACAGCCCUUGAUAACCCAACACAAAGAACGAAAGACCAGAUGAUCUCAGCAGCACUUAAAUUUUUGGAGACAGAUACUAUCUGUUACAGAGUCGACGAACCUCCAGGUCUUGUGGAACUUCAAAAAAACGAAUGGGACCCUGUUAUGAACUGGAUAGAACAAAGGUACAAAGUAGUCAUUGGCUCAUCUUCCUGUAUAAUGGGCCCUCAAAUUCCGGAAGAGACUAAGGAGACUUUUCAUCAGCACCUUAAUUCCUACAAUUUUUGGUCUCUGACAGGUCUAGAGUAUGUGAUCACUCAACUGAAAUCAUUGGUACUGUCCUUCGGGCUGAUUGACAAACACUUAAGUGUGGAGCAAGCCGUUCUCCUUUCCAGACUGGAGGAAGAAUACCAGAUCCAGCACUGGGGAAAUGUGGAAUGGGCUCAUGAUUAUGACAUGUAUGAGUUGCGGGCACGAACAGCUGCCGGUGCGUUGUUUGUACAUCUGUCUUCUGAAAGCACAGCUGUAAAGAAAAAACUUUUACGGGACUGAUGAGGCCAUGAAACAAGGACAAAUAAACACUGUGUGAGACAAAACAAACUGUUUCUUGUUUGCUUUUUAUGUUGGGAAAGCAUUUUGCAUCAAGCUACAUUGUUAACACAAACACUGUACGUUUGUAUGUAUUUAACAGUUACCAUUUGCGAUGUGUAAAUCUUAAUUUAAUGUCAAAGAUGUGAAAUUGUUAAGCUUAUGUCAUUAAGAAUUUUCUAAAUAAAGACUUAAAUGAGUCA